AUGCCUCGUGGGCGGAAGACCAAGCUCCGUGCCAAGAAAUACUGCCAGGCCCGCGGGCAGAGCCAGAGUCUUCAGGGUGCUCAGGCCUCCCUGGAUUUCUCUCCUGAGACUGAGGGCACACCCCAAAGCUCUUCUACUGCUGGUAGCCCUCAGGAGCCAGUCCCGGGUCCCAGCACUCAGGGUGCAGCACUGGCUGGAGGUGCAGCGCAGGCUGAAGGUGCAUCACUGGCUGGAGCUGCAGCACUGGCUGGAGGUGCACGUCGCUCCCGGCCAAGAGCUCGCAAAGAUCGCAAAGGGGAGAAGAACGGAGCUGAUGAAGGGUCAAGCUCGGAGAACACCGGGAGCUCCAGAGAUGUCUCCCCCAAAAAUCCUUUCAACACCAGGGCCUGUCUCCUGAUGCAGUUGAUGCUUCACAAGUACAAAAUGGAUGAGCUCAUCACCAAGGAAGAGAUGUUGAAGACCAUCACCCGAAAGUACAGCCAUGAGUUCCCUGAGAUCCUUAAAGUCACCACCAAGCGCCUGGAGCUCGCUUUCGGCAUCUACCUGACGGAGCAACACCCUGGCAGCCACGUCUACUCCCUCGUCAGCAAGCUAAACCUUCCCAGCAAUCCCACCGCAAGUGGUCAGAGAGAGUUGCCCAAAACCGGCCUCCUCAUGCCUCUGCUGGGUAUGAUCUUCAUUAAUGGCAACAGAGCCACUGAGAAAGAGCUCUGGAAAUUCUUAAAUAAGCUGGGGAUCUACGUUGGGCAGCAUCACCUCAUCUUUGGGGAGCCCAAGAAACUGAUCUCUGAUUUUGUUCAAGCAAAGUACCUGGAGCACAGGCUCUUACCUGGCUAUCCUCCACGGUACGAGUUCGUGUGGGGUCCCAGAGCCUAUGCUCAAACCAGCAAGAUGGAAGUCCUGGCAUUUUUGGCCAAAGUCAACGGCACCAGCCCCAGUGAUUUCAAAGCUGAAUAUGAAGAGGCACUGGCAGAGGAGGAAGAGAAAGCCAGAGCCAAAGGUGCAGCCGAGGCUGGUCCUGCUGCCCCAGAAAAGGUCAAGGGUGCUGGAUCUUCCACCCCCUAG